AUGGCCACCCCAACAAACCUCCCCGGCGGCCUAAUCUUCUGGCUCUACAUCCUGCUCGCCCUCUUAUUCACCACUCUCCUCCUCACCACCAUCAUCCGCCAACUCUCCCCACCCCCAAACACCACCACCCAUGUCGCCAUCUUCUCCCUUCUGGCCAUCGCCAGCUUCGCGACCUUGUCCGUCAACAUGCUCCACGUGCUGAUCCAGUCCUACAUCCUCUGGAGCGCACAGACGAGCACGAUAGGAUUGUUGCGAGCCCCGAUAUCGCUGGCGAAGGUCUGGCAGUGGUCGGUGCGUUCGACGUUGUUUCGGGAUUUCGGGGAGGCGAUCGUGGCGGAUGAGGUCAGGUAUCUGUGGGUGUCGUGGGAGUUGUUGGGGACGUUGUCGAUUUGUUUGUAUAUGGGGGCUGAAGGCGUACGACGACGAGUCCCCAGGCUGUGGGCUUUCUUCGCCGUGGCACAGAUCCUACCUAUAUCGUUCACGCAGAACCUCUUCUACGUUGCUGCGUUACGCUCGCCGGCAACUACUGGAGCCGACGCUAGACUGUCGCGCAAUAUCAGCCUGCGAGCAAUAGCGGCAUAUUGUGUCUGCCUCGCUAUUGCACCUUACACGGCUGGUGGACCUUACCUAAUCCCCGUCAUUCUGUUUGCUCGAAUGAUGCUGUUCGUGCCACUCGCAUUGGCACAGAACAGCAGUCAGAGCACGAGCGAGAAAGGCAGGACCUUCUUCACGCACCAGCUAGCGCAACAAGCGGUUGCACUCUUCGCCAUUGCAUUGACAGCGAAGCAGGCGUAUCUGGUGUACCAGUCAAGAGCGACAAUAUCAGAGAUCUGGCAAGCAUUGUUCAGCCAUCCAGCAGUCACAGCUCUCGGUGUGGACUUCUUGCUAAGUGCGGUCAGCUUUGUGGUCUGGACACUCUCGCAAAAGGCUAUUAGAGACGGCACGCUUCAGGAGAAGAAAGCUUCAUGA